AUGGAAAAUCUUGAAAUUUCGACCGGUAACCAAAACCUUGGGGUGAACUACACAUUCAGUCUAAUCGACUCGGGGGGCGGCGGCGCGCAGCCAUGGUCGCCGUUCAUCCGCCGCUUCGCUCACAACUACACCUCCGUCGAUGUUAGCUAUGGAGCUGACAUGUUCAUCAAACAGAGUGCGCUCGAAUCGGUGCCGUACCUGCGGGACGACACCGUGGUGAUUGAGUGUGAGGUCAAGGUUAUCAGGUGGCCGCAGGUGCAGGAGGAGACCGUGUUGGCCGCCACACAUAUCGAGGCGCCACCGUCGGACCUGUCGAAUCACCUCAGAAAGUUGCUGGAUGGGAAGAGAGGAGCAGAUGUGACUUUUGAGGUUAAAGGCGAGGUUUUCCCUGCUCACAAGAUAAUGCUCGCCACGCGAUCGCCCGUCUUUGAUGCUCAACUCUAUGGAUCCAUGAGCGCUGCCAAUGCCACGAGUAAUAAGAACAUAAUCGUCCAAGACAUGGAGCCCCCUGUUUUCAGGGCCUUGCUUAACUUCAUCUACACGGAUUCGCUGCCCGCUAUGGAUGACCUUGAUGAUGGUGAGAACCAAGAGAUGGUUAAGCACUUGCUGGUGGCUGCCGACAGGUAUGCCAUGGACAGGAUGAAGAUGAUAUGUGAAGUUAUUCUCUGCAAGAGCCUUGACGUUGAGACCGUGGCGACGACAUUGGCGCUAGCUGAUCAGCAUCAAUGCAGCAAGCUGAAAGAUGCCUGUGUUGAAUUCAUCCUCUCUUCAAACAGAAUUAACGAUGUGGUGGCAAGCCAGGGGUAUGCACACCUCAAACGAUCUUGUCCUGCUCUCAUGUUUGAUGUCUUUGAGAGGGCUACCAAGUCUCGCAAAAUUUAA